ACAUCUGGAGCGGAGCAGACGUCGUUACGUAACGAUCCCUGCUGUGAACCCAUGCGCCGGAUGUGAUAACCGCUGUUGAUGCAGAACGACAGCAACGGGAAAAGAUGCCUUUGCCUGUGCAAGUAUUCAACUUUCAGGGGGUUGUGGAGCCCAUGCAGAUAGAUGCUGACCCACAAGAGGACCAGCACAAUGCACCAGAUGUCAACUAUGUGGUGGAAAACCCCACGCUGGACCUGGAGCAGUAUGCGUCCAGCUACAGUGGUCUGAUGCGCAUUGAGAGGCUGCAGUUCAUAGCAGAGCACUGUCCCCAGCUCCGGGCUGAAGCCUUGAAGAUGGCCCUGUCCUUCGUCCACAGGACCUUCAACGUUGACGUGUACGAGGAGAUCCACCGCAAACUCACAGAAGCCACCAGAGAGGUCCAGGUGGCUACAGAUGUCGUUGUGGAGGGCGGGGCAGUCGAUCCCCCUCCUCUGGACACAGCGUGGGCCGAGUCGACCAGGAAAAAAGCCCUGCUCAAACUGGAGAAACUGGACACUGACCUGAAGAACUACAAAGGCAACUCCAUCAAAGAGAGCAUCAGGCGGGGUCAUGAUGAUCUUGGGGACCACUACUUGGACUGCGGUGACCUCAGCAACGCCCUCAAGUGCUACUCCAGAGCCCGAGACUACUGCACUAGCGCCAAGCAUGUAAUAAACAUGUGUCUUAAUGUCAUCAAGGUUAGCGUCUACCUCCAGAACUGGUCCCACGUCCUUAGUUAUGUGAGCAAAGCUGAAUCCACUCCAGAGAUAGCAGAGCAACGAGGGGAGAGAGAUUGCCAGAGUCAGUCAGUCCUCACCAAAUUAAAAUGUGCUGCAGGCCUAGCAGAGCUGGCCUCCAGAAAGUACAAACAAGCAGCCAAGUGCUUCCUGCUGGCCUCCUUCGACCACUGUGACUUCGCUGAGCUCCUGUCCCCCAGUAAUGUAGCUGUGUACGGAGGGAUGUGUGCCCUCGCCACCUUUGACAGACAGGAGCUGCAGAAAAACGUCAUCUCAAGCAGCUCCUUUAAAUUAUUCCUAGAGUUGGAACCUCAGGUCCGUGACAUCAUCUUUAAGUUCUACGAGUCAAAGUACGCUUCCUGUCUCAAAAUGCUGGAUGAGAUCAAGGAUAACCUGCUGUUAGACAUGUACCUGGCCCCCCACGUACAGACCCUCUACACACUGAUCAGGAACAGAGCUCUCAUACAGUACUUCAGCCCGUACGUGUCUGCAGACAUGACUAAGAUGUCCCAGUCCUUCAACACCACAGUGUUGUCUCUGGAGGAUGAACUGACCCAGCUCAUACUGGAGGGACUGAUCAACCGCACGUAUAGACUCUCACAGCAAGGUACACACACACGUAUAGACUCUCACAGCAAGAUCCUGUAUGCGCGGGAUGUCGAUCAGCGGAGCCACACGUUUGAGAAGUCGAUCCACAUGGGCAAAGAGUUCCAGAGGCGAGCCAAAGCCAUGAUCCUACGAGCUGCCGUGCUGCGCAACCAGAUACACGUCAAGUCUCCUCCCAGAGAGGGAAGCCAAGGCGAACUUAACUCUGCCAACAGCCAAUCACGAAUGAGCACCAACAUGUGAACAUUCCCCUGAGACCUCUGUCUUACAGGAAGUUACCAUGUCAGUGGGUUCCGCCAGGGGGACCUCCACCCCAUUCCUCCAUCUCUGAGGCUCCUCCUCCGACUCAGUGCUGCAUCUGCCUGCUGAAAGAAACAUACAAACUGAAACGUCAACUUUAAUAGGUUGCAACUCAAAUGGCACGUUUAUUCAAUAUAUAGUGCACCAUGUUUGGCCCAUAGAGCUCUGGUCAACCGUAGUGCACUAUAUAGUGAAUAAGGGUGCCAUUUUGGACGUAGCCUAGGACUUUGUUCAUGUGAAAAGUGAACGUGAUCGUCUGUGUAGACUGAAGAAUUGAUGAGCAAUCUGUGUGUUAGUGUUAUAGCGGGAAGGCUGCGUGUGUCUGUGUGUUAGUGUUAUAGCGGGAAGGCUGCGUGUGUCUGUGUGUGUGUCUGUGUGUUAGUGUUAUAGCGGGAAGGCUGCGUGUGUCUGUGUGUGUGUCCCCUGUGUGUUAGUGUUAUAGCGGGAAGGCUGCGUGUGU